CUUCCAAUCUGCAAACUCAAGGUUUGGCUAUUGUGAUUAUGGGUGUCAGUGGUUCUGGCAAAUCUAAUGUGAUCAUUUAAAGCCUAUAUCGACAAACAGAACUGUUUGUGAGAUGCUUGCAAAGUCUCUGGGCUGCAACUUUAUUGAAGCUGAUGAUUAUCAUUCACAAGCUAACAAAGAAAAAAUGAGCAGAGCAAUUCCGCUUAACGACGAGGACAGGGUACCAUGGCUUGAAGCUCUCAGCGGCGCAAUCAGGAAAUACAUGAUGAAUGGUGAAACUCUAACUCUAACUUGCUCAGCACUACAAAAUAAGUACAGAGAGAUCCUAAGAUCAGCCGAUCCUAACUAUAAACCCGGGAACUAUACCACCUGCCGGGUAAAAUUUGUAUGUUUAGUCGCCCCAGCAGAAGUGAUUGCCGAGAGGAUUAAGAUCAGAUCUAAUGACGGUAAGCACUUCAUGCCUGCUACAUUACUGCAGUCUCAAUUAGAUUUGCUUCAGAUAAAUGAGGAUGAACAAAUAAACAAAAUUGAUGCCACUCUGAAACUUCAGAGCAUUGUUGACAGCAUACUCCUGCUCAUCAAAGGCUUAGAACUUCAGCAAUAAUUGAUGUAAUUUUCUUGUUUC